GAAAAAUUAAAUGAGUAACUUUUUCUCUCUCAUGUAAUUAAGAUAUUUUUCUGAUUUAAAUUUUUCUUACCUUAGAAUAUUUGAUUAGCUUGAAAUUUUUCUAAUUCUAAUUGUGAACAUGAUUGUCUUUAAAUUCCAAGUUAUGUAACCUGUUCGCUUGGUUGAUUCUCCUCGGUGGUGAUUGUUGUUUUCCAGAUUCUCUUAUAUUCUUUGUGUUAACUUUUCUUUUCCCACAUUGAAUUUUUUUUUCUCUCUCUCUUUCUGUCUCCAACUUCUGGUACUCUUGAGGUGAUUUCAGGAUGAUUAUCACGUUGCAACCGAAUAUAAUUACUCCGGAUCCUGAUUCAAUUCGACAUUUAGAAAAUGCUGUCAGUCUCUAUAAUGGAAACACAUUCCUUGGUAAAGGAAAUCUAUACAUAUCCGAACAAACCUUAACUUGGAUUAAUCCCGAAGAUUCCAGUGGAAUUAAUUUCACCUAUUUCGAUAUAACCUGUCAUGCCAUUUCCACUGACCAGAGUACCUUUGACCAUCCAUGUAUCUAUAUGAUGGUUCAGGUGGAAAACUUCAAGGAACCAAAAAAUGGCCAAUCAAUCAACCAAGAAGGAGAUGGAGACAAUGAUGAAGGAGAAGAUGAAGAAGAGUUUGAACCAGAUGAUUAUGAAGAGAUCAGAUUAGUCCCAGAAAAUCGGCAAUCGUUACAAUUAUUAUAUAAUAUUCUUUGUGUAUGUCAAACACUUAAUCCAGAUGAAGAAUCAAUUGAAAAUCAAUUGUAAUUUUCUAUAAUCAUCAAAACAAAAACAACAACAAUGAAGAAAAACA